UUUCAAUAAGUUAAGUCCUUCGAAUGCUUCGAAUGUAAAACAAGUAAUCUCAUCUGGCCAAUCCGACCAAUCUGACCAGAUGGCAUCACAGUGAUGGGAGAGGAAUAAGUAGUUGAGGUCGUUAUUGUUAAACAAAGUGAAACAAUAUUAGAAUACUACUAAAAGAAUGAAUUAAAAAUUAUUCGUAACGUAGAACUUACAAUUACGCUUAUAAUCAGUCGUAAAGUAUUAUUAGCUACCAUAAAAUGAUGUAAAUAACAAAAAGGUUAUGAGAUGACUUUCGGUGGUGAAAGAAAAAUAUUAUUAAUUUAAAACAGUGUUUAAAGAUAUAAGUGUGCAAAAGUAUGCGUUAAAUUACAUCGAACGAAUGUAAUAUUAAGAACUAAUCUCUAUCUAAUAAACGAAUAUGAACUUUGUUUACACGAUUGUUAUUUCAUAAUUAAAUUGCUACUCCAGCAUCGUUAUUUAAAAUAUUCGUGAUCAUACACGUUUCCAGAAUCAGAAUCAACCGAACCAACCAGAACUCUGAUUCUGCAGGAAGUUUGCUUACGAAAGCGUCGUUUUACGACCCACACGAUCGUUUAUGAUUCUCUGAUUAGAGAAACAGUCCUUCGUCUGAUGUUCAUCAUUUUCUGAAACGAAAAACUUCAGUUUCAGUAUCCCGUGCGUGUGGUACGAGACAACCGUUGGACAACCGUUUACAUCGAAUAAGAUCAGUGCUGUUGUGUUGGCUUAAUUACAUCAUUUCUGAAGAUAUAAGGCGCGAAAAUUGGUGACCGGAGCGUGUAAAGAUUCAUUGUAACGAUUUAUUGUAUAUUGCGAGGAAUAAAGUCCAAACAUAAAUUGUGUCUUAUAUUAACUCUUACAUCAUCUAUAUGCGGUAGCGUGACUAAAUCGCCCGCAUUUAAAAAGUGUUUCAAUAUCGGUGCUUUAAAAGAUUAAAUAUUCAUUUAUUUCCUCGAAUAUCAGCGUUGAUAACUCGUACUUCGAAGAACGUUCUGAGAUGGUCUGUUUUCUUCUUUUUUAAUGAAUGAACGACCCGAUUAGGAAAUCGUGGUUAGCAUAGCGAUAACUAAAUUAGAAUGAACGUGAUCUUGUUUGCGAGAUACGGUUAUCUUCCUGGUUUCAUAUCCUAACUUUGUGAAAAUAUCGCCUUUCGGAGUUCGUGAACUUCAUUGAUUCUCGAUCGCAAUGUCGUUGAUCAUUAAAUUGUUCGUGUGUCUUUAUUUGUCGAACAUCGCCGACAGUUCCAUUUUAACUGCACCUCCGCAAUCGGCAGUGAUCGUGGCUUUCGAGGAUAUCUAUGAUUUAUCUUUGCUAGCCAACACUUUGUCGGAUCAGGGGAUCGAUGCUACCCUAAUCAUACCGGUGUCGCGCGAAGGUGAACUCUACGAAAGUUUGAUCGACGUCGAAGUGCUCAGGGUGGUUGUUGAAGACGAAACCCUCGCACGUCCUGAGAAGAAAGCAAUCCAGGCUUGCGAAGCUCUGUUGAAGGAUGAGAAUAUCGCGAAGAAAUUACAGGAAAUUCAGCCCACUUUCACUGUGUUUCCAGCGCUUAGACACGAUGCUUGCUUGUUACCGUGGGCGAAAGUUAUCGAGUCGAUUCCGAUAAUUUGGAUACGUAAUCAUCAUGAGGAAUUGUACGUUUUUGAGUAUACCGGCGCCGCUUUGCCAGUUCACGGCGUUGGACUUUCGGCCAGGUUCUGGUCGAGUUCGUCGAGGAGGUCAAUAUUCUCUACGGCCCGGGACGAGUACGGGGUUUACGCUCUCCCAUUAGCAGGAAAAUACUUGCCAGACACCGGUCUCAAUUUAGACAAUCUUUAUUCCGAUGUUCGUCUUAUACUGUGGGGUUCUGAUAUUGUGCUGCGUACGGAUUUCGUUCCGCUCACUCCGUUGAUAGUAGAGGUCGGCUGUCAUCACUGCAGAGGAUCCCAAUCGUUGCAAAGCGAUCUUCACAAAGCAUUGAUCGAGUUCCGAUUAGGAACCGUCGCGGUUCUCCUGGACGAGAAUUAUGAGCCGUUAAUUAAAGAGCUGGCGCAAAAAUUGCCGCAGGGUAGGGAUGGCCAGGCAGUGGUUUGGAAAAAUACAAAGUCGAAAAGCUCGACCGGUUCCCUCCCGGAGAAUCUUUUCGUUCGGCCAGGAAUUGAUCGACAAGACUUGAUAGGCUACAGUCGCACGAGAGUGGUAUUGUGUCAUUGUAAAGACACAGAACUCCUAGAAGUCGCUUUUCAUGGAACUCCGGUGAUAUGUUUCCCUAGGAAUUCUUACGAGGCAAAGAACGCUGCUAGAGCGGUCCAGUUGGGUUUUGGACGCUCCUCCGAGGAUAUUCGUUCCAUGACUGGCGAAGAGCUAGCCAACGCUGUGAAUCAAAUUCAGGAUACUCCAGACUAUCGCGAGAGCGGCAGAAAAGCCUCCUUGGCUAUUCGCGACCGGAUAAAUCCUGCCGUGGAUAGGUUGAUUUAUUGGCUCCGUUACAUGGCCAGGACCAAGGAUUGGAACUUAGAUUUCCUGGCGCCGAUCAAUGCGUCGAGCAUUCUUAAUGGGGAUCUACACUUUUUCCUGGGCAUCUUCGUGGGCGUUUUAGUGGGCGCGUUUAUGAUCAUCGGCUGUCUGUUAAUGAGAUAUCUGGUUUUGUCUAAACGAACGCAGAGAUCGAAGGGGCGAUACACGCGAUAAAAAUAAAAGUACGAACGGAACACGGACAGGGAUCGAUAAUGUACGUACACUUUUCGCAUAUGUAUUUAUAUAAAUGCACGUAGAGUACAGGUACAUACAAAUACAAAUGUUACGAGCUAGGGUUUAUCUCAUUGCUAAUGAAGAGACGUAACUAUUUAUGAGAAUAUUUGAUCGAUAAUUGAUUGACUGAGAUUGAUUGAUUGGAGAAAGCUAUAAAGUGUACGAUGUAGCGUUGUGUUAUCGUCGACGAGGAGAGAAAAAUAAAUUACAAUUUGUCAAUACUGGGAUACGUGUAUGACGUCGUCUCGUUGCACGAGUGCUCGCUCGUGUGCGUUUAUCGUCUAGAUCCUUAAAAAACAUACGGACGAAUCGGUACUUAUACUCCAUUCGAUUCUUUCUCUCGCUCUCUCGCUCGUUCGUUCGCGCUCUCUCUCUCGUUUAAGGCCAUGUUCCUCUAAUUAGAUCAGCCGCUUUCGUUUAUACCAUUCGUACGGAGAAUGAUUAUUCGUGUGCCGAAUAUACAGGGUGCUUCGUUUAUUUUGUAUCAUAUCGACUUCUUUUACUUUUGUAACCGUUCUGUAAUAAA